UGUCAAAAUUGUCAAAGUUUCAGUCGUCGACGCAACACGCAACGAAAUUCUUUCUUCCUUUCUUAAAAUAAUUUUAAUUUUCUUGUUAACAUUUUUUAAGUGUGUCUAUUAAUUUUCAAUUUAACAAUGAACGGCUAACGACUACAAAUAAGUUUCGUUUUCAAAAGUUGUGAAAAUCGGUAAAAAUCGAAGCAAGUACGACGGACGACUGCGAGAGCGUGGAAAAUUUGCGAAAGUUUCUAUAAGUUAGUUACGAAUAUUUGCUAGCCGCUUUGUUAGGCAUUUAGAUUUGUAAAUUUAGUGCAUGUGCAAUUAAGUUACAGCUCCUCGAUUCCGUUGGCUGCUUUUAUUGUGCCUUAAACAUAGUUAAAAAGUAUAAGAAUUUGUGCCUGUAGUACCAAUUAAUAAUACCAGUCACAAAUUCGGAUAUUUGAGUUCUUGUGUGCAAGCGGCUCAUACAUACGUGUACGUGUACACCAAGUUCCAUUAAACGCCCCCGGCGCUCCUUAAACAUAAGCACUACACAUUUAUAGCAACCCAAAGCAAAGUAAAGAUAGAUUGUGUAAUUUAUAUGCAAAUGGCUAAUGAUACCAUAAAAAAGUGCGUGUGACUGCCGCUGACGCUGCUGAUACUCCAACAACAGGCAGAGACGCCGACGCCAUACCAAGUUGGAGACCGUAUGCGAGAGCGCAACAAGUCCAAUUGUGGGUUGAAUGUGCUUAACAGCUAACGAGAAAGGCGGUUGAUAGCAUACGACAGCGUCAACGACCACAACGACAACGAUAAACAUAACUCCAGCCGCCGCGACAGUAUACAACGUUGCGAAGUAACAAAACAAAAAAACAAGUGCCUUUGCAAAGCAAGUCCAAUUAGAUAGCAAUGCCGUUGAAAUUUCUGAAAAAGUGUCGUCAAUACAACGUGACAUCGAAGAGCCUGUUUGUAAUCUCUGUGCAUCAUUUAUUGGACACCUCCACCACAGUCGACUGCACCAUCAGUUCGGAAAGUAAGGGCCAAGAGUGUUUGGACAAUGUUUGCCAGCGUUUAAAUCUGCAAGAACCAGAAUUUUUCGGUUUACGUUAUGUGGUCAAGGGUAAAGAGGAUGAAUUGAAAUGGAUCGAUUUGGAACGUUCACUCAGCAGACAGUUGGAGAAAUAUGCGGCGAGUACGAAAAUAUAUCUGCGUGUACGUCACUAUGUCGAUCCAUCACGUCGCGAUGAUUUGACACGCUACUAUUACUUUCUGCAAUUGAAGAGUGACAUUUAUGAGGGGAAAAUUAUCUGUGACAUACGCACCGCCAUACUAUUAGCGCUCUACUGUCGACAGGCCGAGUAUGAUAGUCAUCAGAAUGACAAACAGACAAAGGAUUAUCUGAAAAAGUCACUCGUGUUGCCGAAGAAUUUACAAGGUCUCGCUAACGAUGACAAUCUGCUCGACAGCCUGAUUAUGGAAGUGCUACAACAGAACGCAGGCAUUCAGCACCUUCAGCAAUCCCAGGCCGAGGAGAUGUAUAUACAGUGCUGCCAGCAGCUGGAUGGUUAUGGCGAAGAGCGCUUCCAAGCAAAAGACACGCUGGGCAACGAUCUGCUGCUCGGUCUGGCUAUCAAUGGCAUGGUUGUGGUGGCCGACAACGGCCGUCAAUACUUCCCGUGGAAGGAGUCACAAACGGUUUCCAUUGACAAACGCACCAUCAAAAUCGAGCAAAACAAAGCGGACGGCUCGAUUGUGGGUUCAUUCAUUUUUCCUGACGCUGAUACUGCGCGCUACUUUUGGAAGCUAUGCAUUACGCAGCAUACGUUUUUCAAGCGCUACAUUGACGAGGGCUCUGCGUCGUCUGUGGGUGAUGCAGAGAGCGCAAAUGGCAAUUCGCUGAGCGUUGGCGGUGGUGUUGGCAUGACUGGUGUUAAUAGUAGUGUGCUCACUGGCGGCAUGGAUGCUUAUGGCUAUGGCGAUUUCAAUGAUUCACGUGAAGAUUUGCUACUCGAGCAGCAACAACGUGCCAUUUACAAUCCCAAUGCGAUUACUAGUGGUGGCGGUGGCGGUGGCGCACUUACAGCCAUUAAUCCAGAAUUCAUGUCUGCGCCAGCUUUACAUCAUGGUUUGCUCGCCUCCACACAUGCCUCAAAUGCGUUAAUGUCAUCGAAUAUUUCGCUGGCUGCCAGCCAUCAGUCCGGAGGAGGUGGGGGUGGCGGCGCUCCAAAUGGUGGUAUGCAUUCACAUAGCGUGGGUGCUAUAGCGCCCAGUUGGUUGGCGAAGGAAUAUGGCCAUGAAUAUGCCUCGACGCAACAUCUGUCGAACAGCAUGUUGGACACGCGCCUCCAGCAGAGCAGUUCUUGCUUGGAUCUAAGCAAUAACAAUGGCAAUAAUAUCGGCGGUGGCAACACUUUCCAAAGCAGUAGCAAUAACAUUGUGCAUGGCCAUCUGGGCGGCAGCGUAACGAACAAUAGCAGCAGCGUCGCCUUGCACAGUGUUGACGCGCACGAGCACGAACGACUGAAAGCAAUGUUGCCCACUUAUCGGCCUGCGCCCGACUACGAGACCGCAGUACAAUUGAAGUAUCGCACACCCUCCAGCGAAUUGCAUCAUCCGCAAAUGAACAAUUAUGCCAACUACCAGCCGCAAUUAGCGUCGAGCGCUUCUGCUGUAGCCAUGGGAGCGACGCCUACCGCCAGUGGAGCUAUCUAUUACGCGGGUUCACAGCCUGAUGUGCAUAAUGCAGCAGCAAUUUAUGGGGACGGUGUAUUACUCAGUCAAUUAGCGCCGCAUCGUUACCCAGAUGUCGCGCAACCAGCGGCCGCAAUGCAUGCCCAACAUCAUCAUCUAACCGCUGCCGGCGUGACAAUGGCGCCGGGUGGCCACAGCAACAGCACUAGCGGCGGCGGCGGUGCAUACAUUGACUUGGGACAUCGUCUGCAAAUGGUGCGUAGCAAACCACCACCUCCUUAUCCCGUUAAUCGCUUGAACUCUUCGUCCACACCUGACCUGGCGGUGGCCUCGCAUCGGCCGCUGAUGGGCUAUCGCGCCUAUGUGUCUGGUUCUUCACCUGAUUUGGUAUCGAACCGUAAUUUGAUCAACUCACAUUAUCCAUAUGGCAGUACUGUGGGCGGUAGCGUUGGCGUGGCACAAGCGGGCGGCGGUGUAACCGCUACAAAUCAUGCAUUAAUACAUACUCAUCCAUCUUAUAUGGGUGGUGGUCAUAUGGGUCAUUCGCAACCUUAUCUGCCGCACGGCACUUUCGAAAAUUUGAACAUGAUCGAGGAACAACCAUCGAUAUUGUCGCAGCUGCGGCAGGACUGUCUCUUUUUGCCGCAUAAUACACACAGCUACAAUGAACAAAAUUCACCAACUCUAAAUAGCAAUGCCAACAACAACGUUUACCGUCCAACGCCACCACAAGUGCAAUCGCAACCGCAGCAGCCGCCACUACCGCAGCCGCCACAAUUGCAAGCACAUCAGCAACAACAACUGCAGCCAAAUGUUGCUGCUGCAUCACUGCAGCGUAACACUUUAAACGGUUCUGUCGAGCCGAUUUACGAGAAUGUGCCACAUGCGCGUUAUGUUGCUGCCGAGUCGACAGUGCAACGCAAUAUGGAGCAGCGUUCGUCAGGAUCUUCGGCAACCAGUGAAGCUAUGCGCAAUCGCACAGCUUCAAUACAAUCGGCGCCAGGUGGCAUGCACGCGCAGCCGCAACAGCAAAUGCCUCCGGUGCCUGCUGUGCGACAUCAUCAUCAUCACCAGCAUCAGCAGCAGCAGCAGCAGCAACAACAACAGCAGCAGCAGCAACAACAAGCGCUUCAACAGCAACAGCAGCAAGCGCUUUUGCAGCAACAGCAGGCGCAAGCGCAAGCACAGCUGCAACAGGCCGAGGCUGAGGCGGCGGUUAAUGCCGCGCUCAAUAUGCAUAAAUAUGCUGAACGUGCGGCCAGCACUGAGCUGCAGUUCUUAGAACCUACGCCGCCGCAACGUGCAGUGCGCGCUGCCUCUGCGGCACCAGCCGUUGGCCAUAAUAGUAGCAACAGUCAACAGCCAGUGAUGCAAACGCCGCCGCCAAGGCAACAUCAUCACGCCCACAAGGCGCAACUUAUGCAGAGUGCAUCAUCCGUCUCUUCUGUGGACGUCGCUACAGCGGCGACACCAACGCCAGCAUCAGCUGGUGGUACCGUUAUGCGCGCACAUACAACGCCACCCACGCAUGAUGACACAACGGACUCAGUGCUGCUCGCAGCGCAACAUCAAUUUAGUGCCAUGAACAUAUCUUCAAUUUCAAGUAACGCUUCGGCAUCGGCCACGGCCACCAUGCACCAUUCGUCAUCACAUCAUCAACACCAUCAUAACCGUUCGCAUAAUUCAUCGUUGCUGGAAACUACUACAAAUUCCAGUAACACCACAAACAGCUCCAACACAACGAAUUCUUCCAACACUACCGGCAAGGAGGGUAAACGCAAAAAAAUAUGGAAUAUUUUGGGACGUAGCAAAACGCCGGAUAAACAGAAAUCGGCAACACUCGGACGCGAAAAGGCGUCAUCAUCGAAUGCGGCAAAGACGGCGGCGAAGAUUAAACUCGCUCAGGACGAUUUGAAUUUGAUGCAUCGUUGGUCGACGGGUGUGCCGCGACUGCAGCCAAUUUCCGGACAAUACUCAAAGGACAAAUUGUGCCCCAUACUCACUGAGAAACUGAACGAUCCGCAACUCUUCAUCGAAUUCGAAAGUAUACCGAAGCGACGUGAAUUGGCACGAUACGACUGCGCACUGAUGGAAGAGAAUGCAAUGAAAAAUUCCGAUCCGAAUUUUUUGCCAUACGACGACAAUCGUGUGUGUAUAACGCCAACGAUGGAGAAUCGAACGGGCUAUGUUAAUGCGUCGCGCAUAUCGGCUACAGUUGGCACCAAACAACGCUUCUACAUAAUUGCUCAGUCACCGCAGGAGGAGUUGACUACACGCAUUUUCUGGCAGUGUGUCUGGGAAGCGGAUGUGUAUUUGAUUGUGCAGCUGUCGGAGGGCUUGAAUUACAUGCCACCGAAUAGCAAUCAGCGGCUAGAGUUUGGACAAUUCCAAGUGUAUCAGGAAUUCUCACAAACCACAGAUCGUUGCAUUACCAGCAAGCUGCGCCUAUUUCACAUACAAUCGCGUCGCUAUCGUUCCGUUUGGCACUUGAACUACACCAAUUGGGGUGAACAGAAUUGUCCGCGUGAGGUGAAUCAUUUUCUGGAUUUUCUCGAAGAGUUAAAUUCCGUGCGCAUGGCUUCGAUUAAUGAAGUGCCACCGGGACACAAUACGAAUCCGCCAGUGUUGAUACAUUGCCUUGAGGGUGGUGGUCGCUCGGGCGUUACAUUGACCGCUGAUUUGCUACUCUAUACGCUGGAUCAUAAUGAGGAUUUGGAUAUACCACGCGUUAUCGGUCAAUUGCGUCAUCAGCGUGAUAGCAUCAUACCGUCCCUAGCCCAGUAUAAAUUCAUUUAUAGUUUACUCAUAACCUAUCUAAAGCGUACGCGUUUGAUUUGAACGCCAACUGUGUGGUUGACUUCAAAUGCAAAUGACUCCCCCCCCACUCGUGUGGCCAUUAUUAUUAUGAAAUUUAUGCAAUUCUAAAUUGCAAUAGUUUUAAAACAAAAAGCAUAAAAUCGAAAAUAUUAAACGAGUCGCAAUUUUUAAAAUUUUACAUUUAAGCACGUUAAGUUAAGGAAACGAUAUUUAUAAUUUAUACAAAACAAAUGUAAGCAAAAAAAGAGAUGAAAAAUGAAAAAAGAAAAAGAACAGAAAACAAAACACGAUGCAGUGAACGAACAACUAAACGUAUGCGAUAAACUAAGAAUUAAGUAGCAUUGUAAAGAAUACAUAUUUUUAUUACAUACUUACAUACAUAUUAGAUAUGGUGCUUCCAUCUAAACAAAAAGUGACUGACCGGUAACUCUCGAUACCCCAAAACCCAUACUGAUGAUGUCAAUUCCCAGCUUGUUUGAGUGGCAGUUUUUCGGUGCACUGAGUAAACUGGGGUUCAACGUUCAAUUUUGUGCCCAAACUUAAUCACAGUCAAACUAGCGCUGAAAAAGUAGCCACUAAUGUUAAGGGGGGAGCCUGCUUUAGAGGCCUCAAAAAAUCGAUUUUUUCGUGGUUUUUUUUUUGGGAAGGAAAGAAAUAUUCGAUUGAAACGAAACUUUUAGGUUUUAUUGUUAUCUAAUAUAUAAGGUUGUCUUGCAGUAUUUUUAUUGAAUUUUCAAUUGUUCAUAAAAUUGGUUAUAAAAAUGCGAUUUAAGUCAAAUACGCGCGGUUUUGUUCGAUGACGAGUUCCCAACGAGAUGCCAACUUCAUAAUGCCCCUCUUAUAGAAGCUCGCUUCCCUAUUGUCAAAAAACUCGGAGAGCCAAUUUUCACAGGACUCUCUUGUGGACAACUUCCGACUACCAAGCUCGUUCGCCAUGGACAGAAAUAGGUGGUAAUCACUUGGUGCGAGAUCCGGACUAUACGGUGGAUGCAAAAGAACCUCCCAUCCGAGCUCCCGGAGCUUCUGGCGCGUCACCAAAGAUGUGUGUGGUCUGGCGUUGUCCUGAUGGAAGACAAUUCGGGUUCUGUUGAUCAAAGAUGGCCUCUUCUGCAUGAGUGCUGCAUUCAAGCGGUCCAGUUGUUGGCAGUACAGGUCCGAAUUGAGCGUUUGGCCAUAGGGGAGCAGCUCAUAGUGGAUGAUUCCCUGCCAAUCCCACUAAACACACAGAAGAACCUUCCUGGCCGUCAAUCCAGGCUUGGCCACCGUCUGGGAAGCUUCACCGCUUUUCGACCAUGACCGUUUGCGCUUCACGUUGUCGUAAGUGCCCCACUUUUUAUCGCCAGUCACCAUCCGCUUCAAAAACGGGUCGAUUUUGUUGCGAUUCAGAAGCGAUUCGCAUGCAUACAUACGGGCAAAAAUGUUUCUUUGCGUCAAGUCGUGUGGCACCCAUACAUCGAGCUUCUUUUUGAAUCCAAGCUUCUUCAAAUGGUUUAUGACGGUUUGAUGACUCAUGCCCAGCUCUUGGCCGAUGCUACGGCUGCUACUAUGCCGGUCUCUAUCGAUCAAUUCAGCGAUUUUAUCGCAAUUUUCGACGACAGGCCUUCCGGACCGUGGCGCAUCUUCGAUCACCUCUGCACCAGAACGAAAACGUUGAAACCAUCGUUGUGCGGUGGAAAUGGAAACUGUAUCGGGUCCAUAAACUGCACAAAUUUUAUUAGCAGCAUGAGUUGCAUUUUUGCCUUUAUCGUAGUAGUACUGUAAAAUAUGCCGUAUUUUCUCUUUAUUUUGCUCCAUGUUUGCGACGCUAUAACUCACGAACGACUAAAAGCAAACAACAAUUAAUCAAAAACGUGUUAGCACGCGAAAAGAGCUUUCCAAAAAGCUCUAGCGUGAACCGAUGCGACGAAUACAACUAGAACUACGCGCUUCCAAAGACAAGCUUGCGGAAAUACCGCAAGACUUUUUUGACAACCUUAUAUUUCAACAGUCUUCUCACAUUUGUUCAUUAAAACAUGUCAUAUUAUGCCUGGUACAAGCAUUUUGCCGAGGCGCCUCGAGUGUGCAUGUGUCGUGCGGCGGGAAAGUUGCAGGUCGCAAUUUUCAUCGGAAACCAAAAACCUAAAAAAAAUUUUAUUUUAGUAUAGUAUAGCUUCUAGUUAAACCAAGAAAAUUAAACAAAAAGUGAGAAAUUCAAGAAUUUUUCGCUAAUUAAAAAAAAAAAAUAAUUUUUUUGGAAAAAAAAAUUCACUUUAGAUUGUUUAAAAAGUGGGUUAAUUAUAACUUUCUUCAGGGGGGAGCCUGGUUUAUAAGGUCAAAAAAAUCAAAUUUUUUUUUUCGUUUUAAGCGAUUACUAAUAUAUUUCAUAAUAUUCACACAAAGUUACAGAGCCUAUUUCUCAAUAUUUCCGUAGCUACAAAUCCAAAGGUAGGCGAGCGUUAGGUAGUUACGCUGUGACCGGACAGCUAUAGUACAAACUUUAUCUUCUUUUCUCGACUUUUCAUUUUUAUGAUUUCUUUGAAUUGGCGUACAUGAAUGAAAAAAAAUAUUGAACCUUUUGAAAAGAAUCAUAGCUUGUUCCCUUCAGUAUUAAAUUCUCUUCUAUUUGAACUAACAAAAUAGAUAAAAAAAAAUUUUCAAGAUUUUUAUACCAAGUUAAAGUGAAUUUUUUUGUUUUAAAAGGCAUUUUUUUCUUUAAAACCUCCAAAAAGUUGAAAUUUUGGAAUUUCUCUCAGUUUUCUUAGUUCAUCUAGAAUAAAAAAUCAUGAUAAUUAGAAAUCCAUUUGAAUUUUUUGCUUUAGAUAAUAAUUACGAGCUGUAUCUUGUACGCCAGUAGGAAACUCCAGCGUUGCAGCGCUCUACUAAUUUCUAUGUUAAACAUUUUUUUCAACUUAUUUUAACCAGUACAAAAAUUUUAUAUACUUUUUAAAUGUUCAUUAAAAGAUAGAAAAAAACUUUGCAGUGCUAAAUUAAUUUUUUCCUUAAAAAAAAAAUCGCAAAGAGAUGCAAUUUUUAGACCUCAUAAACCAGGCUCCCCCCUUAAGGUUUUUUAGGUUCAACUAGAAGAGAAUUUAAUUCCGAAUACAAUCAAUGUUAUCUCGUUUCGAUAGCCCUAUCUUUCCCGCCAAUUAGGAAAAAUCGUAAAAAUAAAAAACCGAGAAAUCGCACUUCGAGCGAUCCGGCCGCUCGUAUACCUGCUCGACGCUUGCUCAAAAUUUCUUCUGUAACUCCGCAAAUAUUUUGAAUUUGCUUCUGAAAUUUUGAGGACACAUUCUUGGAUAGUUUGGAAAGACAUUUAUGCAACAAAAAAAAAAAUCGAUUUUUUGAAGCCUCUAAAGAUGGCUCCGCCCCCUUAAAAAUCUGCUGAUCAGUUGUAUUGAAUUGAUAUUUUGUUACGUAUAUUUGUAUUUUAACGUUUAAGCGUAAGAGUCAAGUGUUAAGUAUUUCAUGCGAUUGUCAUACACCAUUACACAUUUACAAUAAAUAUCAUUAAAUACAUAUAAAUAUUUACAUACAAUCACCUCACACGUUGUACACUUUAUGCAAAAAUUCAGCAUACAUAUUUUGCUCAAUGUCUUUUGUAUUAUUUAGAAGAAGCAUAACUCAAAAAUCCAUUACUCAAAAAUUGUUUACUAUACCUAUUUUAGCAUCGAAAAGUCUGUUGAGCAGAGCAGCGCAUAGCGUAAAUGGUUGCCUUUGUGUGUUUCGUGUAAUCGUUAAAGUUAUGGAAUUUACAAUGUAUGAUCCACUUUAUAUAUGUAUGUAUGUAGGUAGCGUUUAGUAUAAGUGCAAGAAGUAAGUGCCUGCAGCCGCAGUAGCCGCUCAUAUAGGUAGACAACAAAUUUAUUAAUAUACAUACUUAUACAUAUAUACGAAAUGUUUUUUCUUUGUAUUUUUGGCAGCGCAGAGAAUGUUAGUUUUGCAUUACUCUCAAAAAAUUAAAACGAUAAAAAUAGUAACUUAUUGAAACGAAGAGUUGCAUAUCAUUGUAGUCAGUCAGUUUUAUUAUUGUAAUUCAUAUAUACAUA